AUGACCAUCCUCUCCGGGCACGACCAAGCGUCAUUUGAAACAACGAAGCGUCUUCUUGCAGAGAUUGUCAAUGAAGGACUAGUUUCUGCAAAGCUCGAAGUAACUGCGCCCAGUGGGUCACAGAUGAUGUGCAUACAGAGUACACCCCAAGAUGGAAGCUUGGUCAAGGUAGCAAUCAAGGCCGGCACUAUAAUUGAGACGAGAGACGAUCGCGUGGUGUCUGUUGUACGACCAGAUAGCUUACAACCACCUGUGACUAUUGCGGGUACCGAUGAUGGAGAGUUGGAUCCAGGGACACUAUUUGAAUUUCUGAGUACUUCAUUCGGCGAUACCGCCAGUGAGACAGUACUGGAUGAGAUCGUUCGAGAGUUACGCAAUUCAGCAGACAAUCAAGAUAGGCCUGCGGACUGGGAACGCACUUUGAUCUACGGCCAUCCGAGUCAUCCUUACCACCGAUUGUGCUAUGCUCAAGCGCCACUGAGACAAAUCACCCCCGAGGAUAUCCCCGGGAUGCUCACGCCAAGUCUUGCAUUUGUUUCUGUUCCGCGCGCCAAUCUCCGUAUUACAGGCCCUUUUGAGCAAGAACUGCAACCACUCCUAGAAAAUCUUGAGAUACCAAAUACAAUUAGCGACAGAGUGAUUGUCCCUUGUCUCGCUCAGCAAUUACCCUCUAUUCAACAGAGAUUCCCGGCCACCAUCGUUCUAAAGCUAACUAUGGAUUGUGCCGACGCUCAGGCAUCAAUGCGUACUCUUACUCUCCGGCCAUAUUUGGAAUUCAAGUACCACUUGAAGCUCUCAUUGGCUUGCCAAAUAACUUCCGCUCUGCGAACUAUCACGCCUUGGACAACCUGUGGCGGUCCGGUUCAAACCAAACUCUUGGAGAGACUGCUUCCAAAUGAUCUCUGGGUUUUCCGAGAGGUAGCGGCUAUAUCAGGCAGCCAGGACGAUUUCAACGACGCGCGGCAUCUUUCUUGCAUUUUGCGAGAUAGCUUGGAGGUUAGAGCACAGGCAAACGACGAAACUCUUAUCAUUGCGGCAGCAUUGGCCCAGAAGCCUUGCGGACAGAUUCGUACAUAUGCGGAGAUUUUGUACGGACUGGAGACAAUCUCCCAGAAAAAAGAAUGGUUUCAAAGAUACGUUACAGUUCUAUUUCAGCUUGUCCUUCCCCCGUUGGUUCAGUAUGGAAUCGGACUGGAAGGCCACGGGCAGAAUCUUGUGGCCCGUAUUUGCCUCCAGACAGGCCGAAUUAAAGGAUUUGCUGUGCGUGAUUUCGGGGGUAUCAGAAUGCAUGUUCCGACGUUGCGAGAUCAUGGCGUGGCAUUUGAUUCACUGCCAUCCGGGUCAGCCACCUUGACGGAUAAUUUGCAGAAUGUCUGGAGCAAGGUACAUCAUUCACUUCUUCAGAACCACGUCGGGCUACUAUGUGGGGCAUUGGGGUUGGAAAACCAUGGCGGGUGGGCAAUUACUCUGGAGACUUUAACGGCUGUCUUGAUGCCUGACAAACGCUCUCUCGGGAAAGAUUUGUUUGAGUACUUCACCAAAGAUACAAUGCCAUUUAAGUGCUUCCUGAGAAUGAGAAUGGAGGGUAAAUACCGUGAUUAUAUUGAGCGAGAGGUUCCUAAUUCGCUUCUCCUGGGUUCCCCUCGGUGGAAGUCGAUACUAGACACAUACAAACCCUCACUGCAUACCACGUAG